ACAUAUACACGUCGCGAAUCAUCGGCUUAUAGAUUGACCCGCGGAGCUGUGGACAUCUUGACCUCACCCUGUCCUCAUACGACCAUCAAUAUGUCUUCCGGCCCUCUCCUAGAUCAGAUCCAGCUCCCUACCCCGAGCGAUACACCCAGAGCCAUGGAACAAGACGAACCCCUCCCCACCUCAUAUGCCCAUCACUCAACUACCUGGACUCCCGUCGAUGGUAUGACGCCCAUAUCCACAAACCCAUCGAAGAAGCGAUCGCGGGACGACAUGGCUUUCGACCCUGAAACCGACGGCUCCUACUUUGCAGGUGUCCAAACUCCCGCGCCCAUUCCGGAAGAAGAAGAACCGGUCUACGGUGAAGGCAUGAUCCUACUGAAUCCCAAGACCGGCAUGGCAAUCUCAGCAGAAAGCCAGACCGGUACUUGGUAUGAAGAGAAGGUAGAAAGAAAAGCGUUUGAACACGAGGUGGCAGCGGCCAACUUUAGACCCAAGAUGCCUACCAGCCGAAAGUCCGCCAGAAUGUCCCAGAGCUCGAUUCGGUUUCCCAUUGAUACUACGGUCGUCAGUGCGCCAGCGAGCCCGCCCAAGACGGCUGUGGAUCGACCAGAGUUCGACGAGGCUACCAUGGCUCUGGGCAUCGGAUGGACCAAAGUUUCGUCGGAAGAUGAAGCCAUUCAAGCUGCGGCUAGAGGAUGGGCCAGAUAUCUCGAAAAUCAUUAUGCCCGAUAUAUUCAUGGCGCGCAGAUACUGCUCAAGAGUUCGGGACUGAAUGCCUACCUAGUGGGAUCUCAAGAAGGCUAUUUUCUGUUCAGCGAAGACCUGUUGGAGGGGAAACUCGUUGGGCGAACUUGGGAAAGCUGUUUAGGGAAUUUGAAAGCGCAGCCCAUGCAAUUCGAGGGUGAAGUGGUGUUACGCGCCGAGAGAACUCCCGGACCAGAUUCCGUGCCAAUUCAAUUACCUCAACGAAACAUUAUGGAAAACUGGGCCGACUACGAACGCCUCAACAGCCCUCAAGCGAUCGCGACACACGGUGGUAUGGAUCUUGACUGAGUGAAGCCUUGAUUCGAACAGCACUUCCGCCACCGCCACGGGCCGUUCAAGAAGAACCCCAGAAAGUCCAAAAAGUUCCGUCAUGAUGCGAUGGCCUUUGCAAUCAGCGCACCGCAGCUUGAAUCGCACACUGCGAGUACAGCUCCUGACUCUGCUUCUUCGCAGGAGGAGGAUCGCCCAGGUCGAUCCGAGGCUGCAGGGCACAUGGCUCAAGCACGCCGCGCUUGUAG